AUGCCGAGCGAGGCAGCUGGGAUCAUUGGCUGUUUAAACUCUCUUCGAAACCCCCUUGUUGCAGCAGCUUUCAACGUUGGAUCAACCACUGUCCUUGUAGCUGAAGCUCUCGCUCUUCGUAAUAGCCUCAUUGAAGCAAAAAGGAGAGGCUUUACUAAGGUGGAGAUAGAAGGUGACUCCAAGUUUGUGUUAGAUGCCAUUAAUGGCCACUCUACACCCUCUUGGAGAAUUCACAAGCUUUAUCAAGAUAUCAAGGCUCUUCGAAGCUCGUUUGAGUUUGUUAGUUUCAAGCAUGUGUUUAGAGAGGCAAACUUUGUGGUAAAUGCCUUUGCCAACCUUGGUCAUAGGUUAGAGAACCAUCGUGUCUAG